UGCUCAGCCGCAGCGAGGAGCCGUUUCUCUGAAAAGAGGUGUGUCCUGGCUGCUUAAAAGGGCCGGAAAAUCCUCCUUCCAGUCCGACCAGACGUCCAUCUCGCAGCUCCUCUCUGCAGACUAACGGUACAAUCUGUGUGAAAAUGGCCCAGUCAAUCCUCGAUACGAUCUCCGGAGCCUCCACUGGAACCCUGCUGGUUACAGAGCCUCUGAACUUCUGGGCUGGAAAACGGGUGAAGCCCAGAGAGGAGAAAAACGCCGAGCCCGUUUUCGAGCCUGCAACUGGCCGUGUCCUGUGCCAGCUGGUGCCCUGUGGGGCGGAGGAGGUGGAGGAAGCCAUCCAGAGUGCCCACUCUGCCUACGUGAAAUGGAGCAAGAUGUCUGGCAUGGAGAGAGCUCGGUGUAUGCUUGAGGCUGCCCGCAUUAUCAGGGAACGGAGGGAGAAAAUUGCAAAGCUGGAAGUGAUCAACAAUGGCAAGUGCAUCACCGAAGCCCUGGUGGAUGUGGACGUCGCUUGGCAGACAAUGGAGUUCUACGCCGGCAUGGCCGGGACACUCACUGGUCAGCACAUCCAGCUUCCUGGCGGAGCCUUCGCCUACACCAGGAGGGAGGCCCUCGGGGUGUGCGUGGGGAUCGGGGCAUUCAAUUAUCCCUUCCAGAUUUCUGUCACCAAGUCGGCUCCGGCCCUGGCUUGUGGUAAUGCCAUGGUGUUCAAGCCGUCUCCCAUGACUCCUUUGACUGCUUUGGUUAUGGCUGAGAUCUACAAGGAGGCAGGAGUUCCUGAUGGCCUGUUCUGUGUGGUCCAAGGUGGAGCAGAGACUGGCACUCUGCUCUGCCACCACCCCAAGGUGGCGAAGGUUUCCUUCACAGGCAGUGUUCCAACUGGCAAGAAGGUGAUGGAGAUGUCUGCCAAGGGGGUGAAGCAGGUGACCCUGGAGCUGGGAGGGAAAUCUCCCCUCAUCAUCUUCAAAGACUGUGAUCUGGAGAACGCCAUAAGGGGGGCACUCAUGGCCAACUUCCUGACCCAGGGCCAGGUUUGCUGCAAUGGAACCAGGGUGUUUGUACAGAGGGAGAUCAUGCCACAGUUCCUGGAGGAAGUGGUGAAGAGAACCAAGGCCAUCUCUGUGGGUGACCCGCUGCUGGACGGCACCCGCAUGGGGGCCCUCAUCAGCAAGCCCCAGCUGGUCAAGGCUCUGGGGUUUGUCACUCAAGCCAAGAAGGAGGGAGCCAAGGCGCUUUGUGGAGGAGACCCUUUUGUCCCCACUGAUCCCAAACUGAAGGGGGGUUAUUUUAUGUCCCCUUGUGUCCUUGAAAACUGCAGAGACGACAUGACCUGUGUGAAGGAGGAGAUCUUUGGUCCGGUCAUGUCCGUCCUCCCUUUUGACUCCGAGGAUGAGGUGAUCCAGAGGGCUAACAACACCACCUAUGGACUGGCCUCUGGAGUCUUCACCAGGGACAUUUCUCGAGCUCAUCGUGUGGCAGAGAGGCUGGAGGCGGGGACCUGCUUCAUCAACAACUACAACAACAGUCCUGUAGAAAUGCCAUUUGGAGGUUACAAGAUGUCAGGAUUCGGCAGGGAGAACGGCCAGGUGACCAUCGAGUACUACUCCCAGCUGAAGACUGUGGUUGUGGAACUGGGAGAUGUUGAGAACCACUUCUAAAACCUGAAAGUUCACAUGCAACACUAGAAGUGGGCCUGAAGAUUUGGGCGUUCUACAAUUAUGUGCCACAGAAAAGUUGUAGAGUAUAAAUCUGUGUACUUACUUUGAAACCUGAAGCAGUAGAUCAGCAGUGCUUAUUUCCUGCACCGACUUCCUAGCCACAAAAUGUGACUCCACCUUAAGAUUAAGCUACUAUACUGAUUGAGAUGUUCAUGCGACCGCAUAGGUAUGUAAUGUUAAAGAAAGAGGCCUAAUAAAUGUGCAUCAGCAUUGGAAGGAAACCUGUGCCAAAUGGUGAUUAUGAUUGUUUACUUGAAAGUCUUUGUCAUUUUACAAAAUAAAACAUUUCAGUGACCAUUA